UUCCUUUUGAACUUUUUUCCUCUUUUUUUUUUCGCACUCAAAUCCAAAUAAUCAAAUAUUAGCCACCAAACAAUCUCUUUUCUCACACCUUUAUUCAAAUAUUCCAUUCCAUUCAUAUCAUCGUUUACCAAUAUAUAUAAGAACAAAAAAAACCUUUCUUAACCAAAAUUUCCAAAAUAUAAUGCCCAUGGAUCGAUCAAGUUCAUCAGGAAGUCAAUCCGGGUCGGAGUCAAGCAUCAGAAACCGGUUCGGUAACACGGUCGUGUUAUCGAUCGAAUGCUUGAAAGGAAGUUCAAAAGCCGAAGAAUGGACCGGUGACAUGUUGGAAACAGGAGAUAUUGUUGAAGAGAUCAAAAUUGGAAAUAUUAGCAUGACUAGUCCAUUUAAGAAUGGAAAAAGUGGAGUUCAAAAGAUGUUACAUAAUUCCUUUAAAUCCAAAGAGACUUCUAUACGUGUUAGAAUUCGACGUGGGGUCGACGAAUUCGCUGAGCUCAUGGCAUGUAUCGUUCCGAAUAACGGAUCGAGUGGUGGUAAAAAACAGUAUAUGUUAAGGUCUAUUGAUGAUCCAAAUUAUACCGUUGCGUUUGUUGAUCGGACAGAAGCAGAAUGUUUGUCUUUACAAGCUUCAAGGAGUUCAAGAAUGGUGAAUGCAUUAGCAGCUGCCAAACUCCAUGAUGGAUAUGUUGCGUACCCAUGGCAAAAGAAAAUGCAGGAACUGCUGCCCGUUCCCAAUUCAAGCUGCUUCCUUUCCAUUCUUUUCCUACCAAAAGCCUCCGAUAAAGUGGCAUAUAGAUACAACGACUUAGAAGACACCCUUUCAAGAGCAAACGCUUGGCAUACCGCCUCUCAAGCGUCUGGGGUCCCUAUUGUCUUCAUGAACAUCCAAACAGAAUCCCUACUUACUAAGAUUACUGGGGAAACAGCUUCUUCAACUGUAAACGCUGGUUCUUUAUCAGACUUGAUGAAUCUUGCAAACGUGAGUCUGUAUGGUUUUGAAGAUUACCAUGGGGUUGACAUUGGGGUUGUCAGAGCUGUUCGCCUUUGGUAUGCUCCUCUUGGAGGGGAGAUCCCGGUUGAAAUUAAGAUACAUGAAGGUGAUUUAAAGCUUGGAUUUGCUAUAGGUCGCACUGAAGAGGGAUUCAUUCGUGUUACUUCUGUUAUUGAUGAUAAUGAAGACUCACCUGCAACACGUUCAGGUCUAAGUAGUUUGUACCGAGAAGCUAGAAAGGCGAGAAAGCAUCUUAUCAUCUCAAGAAUAUCAAAUCAAAAAGUACUUCCAUGGAUGGUCUCAACAGAAGGAGCCAUAAGAUGCUAUGAUACAAUUUCACUGAGUCAAAAACUCUCUUUACACAGACAUGCUAAAGUGCCUAUUUCCCUUCACGUGUUCGUGUGGGACCAAGAAGUCGCAAUGUUAGCCAAUGCUAACCUAAGGACUCAAACAAACCCACCACUCGUAAUGCAAUUACCUCAAGCGACACAAACUGCACAUGUUACAACUGCAAAUCAAGUCGUACCUGUUGAAUCGGAUUUCCCAGAUGGAGGUUCAGAAUUCAGAUUAGAAAGAGAUACUGCAGGGGAAGAUUCAUUCCGAUUUCAUAACUUUUCACUUCCAAGUAAUUGGGUAUAACUUGAUGCAUUCAUCUCUAUUGUACAUACAAAGGUUCGCGAAAAUAGAAAGGAAGUACAAGGUAGUCCUUAGUGAGUGUAUGCGGAUUCAACUGAUUUUAUGAUUUGUAAGAUAAGUAAUCUUUGAUAGCU